AUGAAUAAUGAUUUUCCAUGUGAUUAUUUAACAUACAAUUUUUCAUCAAAAAUAAGUGAAGCAAUAAAUAAAUAUUCAAUUAAUACGUUGAAUUAUAAUUCUAACAAAAAAUUAGAAAUAAUAAAACAAAAUGAAAGUAAUAGUGAUGAAACUAUUCAAAUAUAUGAUUCAUCAGACAUGGAAAUGGAAUUAAAAACACAUAAUAAUAUUAAUCCAUCUAUAUAUAAAAAAGACUAUAAUGAUAAAAGCUCUAAAUACUAUUACACUGAAAAAUUAAAAGAGAAUGAUUCUAAAUUUUCUACUAUUUUAAACUUCAUUAUAGAACAAUACAAAGUAAAUGCAAAUGAUUUAAAUAAAAAUAUUCUUCAAAAUAUAAAAAUUACUGAAGAAAUAAAUAAAACAAAAGAUAUAAAUGAUUUGAUGAGAAAAAUUGAACAUGAAGAAAUAAAGGAAUUAAUAUCACUAAACUUAAAGUUAUUUUUAACUGAAAUAAAAAAAAUUUAUGACAUAUUGAAUUAUUUUUCUUGUAAAGAAUAUAAUGAAAAUAAGAAAUUGGUUGAUAUAAUUAAAACAGGCAAGAAUCAUAGUAAUGAUGAUAGAAAAAAUAAAAUUAAUAGAAAACAAUUUAAAAAAAUUAAUUUAUUAACUAAAAAAUAUAUUAUUUUAAAAAAAUAUUACAAAAAAUUGUGUAAAAAAUAUAAAGAGGAAAAUAAUAUUUUAAAAAAAAUAUAUUUUAAUAAUAAAAAUAUGAUAUAUUUAAGUAAGAAUCAUUGUAAGAAAAAAUACAACAGCAAUUCAAGUGAAACUAAUUGUAUGCAUGCAAAUUUAAAAAAAAAUAAUAAGGAAAAGAUUUUAUCUAAUUCAGUUUUAUAUAAAGAUUAUUUAAAUAAUAUUAUAUAUAAAAAAUAUAUUAUAAAUAAAAAAGAGGAUAAUAAAAUAAUUCAAGAUAUAAUAAAAAAAAAUAAAAGAUUGCAAAUACAUCUAAAGAAAUAUAAUUGUGGUUACUCAUUCAUGUUCAAUAAAAAGUCAUUAAGAAAAUGGUGUAAUAAUAUAAAAAAAUUAAAUUAUUCAAAUAAUAAAAAUUUAUAUAUUUCUAAAAAUAACUUAAAUUACUAUCACAAUUUUCUUACACCUAUUAAUAUUAAAAAAAAAAAAAAUGAAGCAGAUGAAAAAUUUCGUGCAUUCUUUGAUUAUGAAAAAAGUGAGGUUGAACAUAAUGAAGGGAAUGGUACACAUAUUUCAUUCAAAGAUAAAGAUUUAUUUAAAAAAAAUGAAAUAUCUAUCAAUGUAAGAGAAACUGGUGUAGAUAUAAAUAACAAUAGCAAACUUCUUGAGUUAAAUAAAACAUAUUUAAACAAUAUUCAUGCUGUGCAAAAUGAAAAAGUAAAAUAUAGUGAAGAGGAAGUAGAGAGAGAGAAUAUACUAACAAAAAGGAAAUUAGGAAAUGAUAACAUGUUAAAUAAAGAUGAAAAAAAAACUAUUGAAAAUUAUGGAAAAAAUAUUAACAUAGAUGAUUCCAUUCCUGAAAAGAAACAAGAGGAAAAAAAGAAUUCUAAUAAAAAUAAAAAAAAUAAAAGUGAAAAUGCAGAAAUAUGUAUGAAUAAUGAUCAAAUUAUUGAAGAUAAAGAAAAAAAAAAUAUUGAAAAUCAAUUGCAUUAUGAUUCCAUGAAAAAAAGAAAUAAAGAUAAAAUUAAUGAUAAAAAAAAAAAGAAAAAUGCAUGUAAAUUUGAACAUGCAUUAAAAAAUAAAAAUAUUAUUGAGAAUGGCACUGAAAUUCACUGUGAAAAAAAAAUGAAUAAAAAUGGAAAUAAUUACAACAAAAACAACAAUGGAAACAAUAUAAAAAUUGAGUGUAAUAAAAAUGGAAAUAUUGAUAAAAAAGGGAACAAAAAUAGAAUAAAUGAAAAAGAAAGAACAGACUUACAUAAAGAAAAAGAAAAAACGUUGUUAUAUGAAAAAGGGGAAAAUAGUAGCUUAAAUGAAAAAAAGGAAAAAAGUAUUUUAAGUAAAGAAAACCAAAAGAUACACUUAUAUAAAGAAAAUGAAGAAUUAGAUUUAUAUGAUCAAAAAAAAGGAAUACAUUUUCAUGAGGAUGAAAAAAAAGAAAAAAUAGUUUCAAAUAUAGAAAAGGAAAAAAUGGACUUCAAUGAAAAUAAAGGAAGGAUAAUUUUAAAUGAAGAAAAACAAAGCGUAUUUUUUGGAGAGUGCGAAAAUGCAAAAAAAAUUGAAAAUGAUGCACAUGAAAAUAAAAAGGGCUAA